CUCUCUCUCUCUCUCUCAAACAAUAUGGUAAGAGAAUCAAGAAAAUGGAUGGUUUUGGUGGCGACAAUAUGGAUACAAGCAUUCACCGGAACAAACUUGGACUUUUCGUCGUACUCGAGCGACAUGAAAUCGGCACUAGGAAUAUCUCAGGUGCAGCUCAACUACUUAGCGGUUGCUUCCGAUUUCGGAAAGGCAUUCGGUUGGUGCUCGGGUGUUUCUCUCUUGUAUUUUCCGACAUGGUUUGUUCUCUUCUUCGCUGCUUUCGUCGGACUCUUCGGUUAUGGUCUCCAAUGGCUUGUCAUUCACCAGAUCAUCUCUUUGCCUUAUAUACUGGUGCUUCUACUUUCGUUACUAUCGGGCUGUAGCAUUUGCUGGUUCAACACAGUAUGCUACGUUCUCUGCAUAAAAAGUUUCGAAACAAACAGGGCACUAGCUUUAUCCCUUGGCGUAAGUUUCAACGGUCUAAGUGCUGCUAUAUACAACCUCGUAGCAAAUUCAAUUAAUCCGAACGAUAAAAAACUAUACCUUCUCCUUAACGCCGUUAUCCCAUUAAUCACAUCCAUCGUGUCUCUUCCACCAAUCACCACCCGCCACCUGUCCAACGAAGCAUCCCCAUCCGAUAACCACAUCCCAACCAACUUUUACUACCUAACUGCACUAGCAGUUAUUACAGGCCUAUAUCUCCUCAUUCUAAAUCCAAUAUCGACAAAUGUAUCCAUCGCUCGUUUCGUCUUAUCUGGAGCUAUAUUUCUGUUAGUAGUACUUCCUCACUUAGUUCGAUUCGAUCUAGAAGGUUCUAGUGUCGAUAAAGAAACUGAAACUCAAAGCCCUAAUGAUUUUUCAGACAGCGAGUCGAAUGAUCUAUUUAAAGACCGGGGAGUUGUGCUCGGAGACGAACACUCGACUAGGGUUUUGAUUCGGAGUCGGGAUUUUUGGCUUUACUAUGUUGCGUAUUUAUGUGGAGGUACGUUAGGGCUGGUUUACAGUAACAACCUCGGUCAGAUUUCGGAAUCACUAGGUUUUCAUUCGGAUGUUGGCUCCCUUGUUUCUCUCUAUUCCGCGUGCUCGUUUUUCGGUCGGUUACUUUCCACUACCCCAGAGUUCUUCAGACACAAGAUUUAUUACGCAAGAACCGGAUGGCUCGCAUUGGCCCUUAUUCCAACGCCAUUUGCAUUUCUCCUGCUCGUUUUUUCAGACAGUAAGGCAACACUUGUCACUGCCACAGCCAUGAUCGGACUAAGCUCGGGUUUUGUCUUUUCAGCAGCAGUUUCGAUUACGUCAGAAUUAUUUGGUCCGAACAGAGCUGGAGUAAAUCACAAUAUUCUAAUCACGAAUAUUCCGAUUGGAUCGCUACUCUACAGUCUUCUUGCAGCUCUAAUAUACGAAGCAAACAUAGGAAAUUCAGACAAGAUUGCUGCUACGAGGGAUGGAUCGACGGUGUGUGUUGGCAGGGAUUGCUACCGUGAUACUUUUGUGUGGUGGUGGUUGAUCUCGUUGCUAGGUUUCGUUUCUAGUUCGUUGCUUUUUCUUAGAACUAAGGCUACGUACAAACGGAUGGAGAAACACCAGAAACAUAGUACUCAAACUACGUUGUUGAAAUCAUUUUCAUCUUAUGAUGAGAGUUGAAUUUCGUCUCGAUUAAGAUUAAUAAUACUCAUAAAAAUCAAUAUCAAAUCAUAGAAAAAUUAGAUU